AUGAGACCAACGGAUCGGGAUCUGGCUGGCCGGGGACCACGUGCCACGGUUUCAUUUCGAUCGGCCCUGGAGUGGCAGAAUCUAGUGUUGGAAGCUACGAUAGACACUCGCCCCAAAGAAAUUGAGGUCGAGGUCCCGCUGAUGCCCCGGUGGAGCGGCCCGAGUACGAAACCCCGCGCGUACUACCCCGGAGACCUCAAGCGAAGCACCUCCGAUCUGGAACUCACCUGGGACUCAGAUCAAGAUUAUGAUGAAUGUGUAUACUACCAUGAAGGAAGUGAUCAAUAUGCUGAAGAUUUCGACAGUCAGAUGGCGGUACUGCCAGAAGUGCCUGUGACGACGGAAGAUAUCGAGGCCAUUCAGUUAUGCAGAUCUGGUAACCGAACCCAGAAGCAAUUGAUCGACUCCGCCAAAAAAUCUGGAAAGUUCCGACACCUCUUGAUCGGCAAAGGAAAUUCCCUUCUGCCGGUGGCCAGAGGUGUGGUGUGCGACAUCGAUGUCGGAGGAACGAGACCUAUUGCCCUGAAAUGUUGUAAGUUGCGGAUCCAGGUCAGGGAGAAGCUGGCGGACCUGAACAAAGGUCUAUUGUCCGCCAAGAUGAUCAAUUACUCUAGAUCACCGGGAGCUUCUCUGAUCGUGGUGAUCAUCAAGAAGAAUGGAGUGGAUAUCAGGUUUUGGAUCGAUUACCGGCUGGUUAACAGUCUUACCCAGCUGAUAAUCUACCCAAGGCUAUUGAUCAACGACCUACUUGAAGAUCUAGAGUCAACACUCCGGUACUGUUCUAUGGUUAUGGCGAGUGGAUUUUGGGUAGUGAAAAUAACGGAUCGUGCUCAUUUGAUCUCGGCUUUUAUCACUCCGUUUGUGUUAUUUGAAUGGAAUCGAAUGCCUUUUGGCUUAAAGAAUGCGCUCCACAUCUAUUAA